CUACGGAGGCGGCGUAAGGAGGCCCGCGCCGCCGGCGUCCCUCCUCAGGCGUGGCGGGGGAGGAGCGGCCGCCCCGCGAUGUGGCAGAGGUCGGUGUGUGUGGGCCUGGUGGCCCUGGCGCUGGGCUACCUCUGCCUGCUGGGCCCCGAGCUGCCCCACUCGCCGCUGCGGCACCUCUCCGCCUCGCUGCUGGGUGGGCUGCGCCGUGCCCGCUCCCUGGAGGAACGGGUGGUGGCGGCCUGGCAGGCGGCCAUCGUCCGCCCGGCCCGCCGCUGGGCGCGCGUCGCCGUCGGCGUCAAUGCCUGCGUAGAUGUGGUUCUGUCCGGUGUGAAGUUGUUAGAGGCACUUGGUCUUGAACCUGGGGACGGGAAAAAUCAUGCAGUCUUGAACUCCAGGCAGGACCUGAAAGAAGCAUUCGCUCACUUCAUGGAAAAAGGGGCAGCUGCCGAGCGCUUCUUCAGCAACGCCGAGUCUUUCCAUCACAUUGCACGGACAGCCUCCGAGUUCCCUGGUGCACAGCUUUACGUAGGAGGAAACGCUGCUCUCAUUGGUCAGAAGCUUGCAACAAAUCCAGACCUGAAGAUCCUCCUUUGUGGCCCGGUAGGUCCUAAACUCCACGAGCUACUUGAUGACAAUGUGGUUGUGCCACCCGAAUCCAUGCAGGAAAGAGAUGAAUUCCAUCUUAUCUUGGAGUAUCAAGCAGGCGAAGAGUGGGGACAAGUGAGAGCACCCAAUGCCAACCGCUUCAUCUUCUCCCAUGACCUAUCAAAUGGCGCCUUAAAUAUGCUGGAAGUGUUUGUGUCCAGCUUGGAUGAAUUUCAUCCAGAUCUUGUGGUACUUUCAGGGCUUCACAUGAUGGAAGGCCAGAGCAAGGAAAUGCGGCAGAGACGACUUAUGGAGGCUGUGGCCUCGAUCUCUGAUAUCCCUACGGACAUUCCCAUACACCUGGAGCUGGCCAGUAUGACUGAUCAAGAUUUUAUGAGCAACAUUGUGCAUCAGCAGGUCUUUCCCCUGGUGAACUCCAUUGGGCUGAAUGAACAGGAGCUGCUGUUCCUCACGCAGUCUGCCUCAGGUCCCCACGCCUCCCUCACUUCCUGGAGCGGAGUUCCCGACGUGGGCGUAGUCAGUGACAUCCUCUUCUGGAUCCUGAAGGAGCACGGGAAGACCGCGGAGCGGGCCUCUGACCUCACGCGCAUCCACUUCCACACCCUGGCCUAUCAUAUUCUUGUCACAGUGGAUGGCUACUGGGGCAACCAGGUGGCUGCGGUGGCUGCCGGAGCUAGAGCAGCAGGGACUCAGGCCUGCGCGACUGAAACCAUCGAUAGCAGCAAAGUCUUUCUUAAAGCUCCUUUGGAGUUUGUGACCUCCCAGAUCGAGGCACUUUCCAAAAUAUCUUUAAAUCCAGAUGAGCCAGUGGUGCAUUGGCACAGAGAAGACAUCUCAUUCCAUUUCACUCCUGUUUUGGUGUGUAAAGAUCCUGUCCGGACCGUGGGACUUGGGGAUGCUAUUUCAGCCGAAGGACUGCUAUACUCUGAAGUACAUCCUCAGUAGAAGACCUCCUCUGUCUCCAAUACUGUACGGUGUCUGAGGAACCGUGGUGUUCUCGUUAGGAUUUCAGCCAGGGAUGGUAUAGGAACAGAAUCGGGGUGUGGGAUGUUUUCUGGAUAUAACUGAAAAAGAGCCAAAGAAUAAUUCCAGGUAUAAACUGUCAGACACAUUCCAGUCACUUGGCAGUGACUUGAACGCUUCAUGUUUAGGUGCAGACGUUUUAGUAUUUAAUGUGAAAAUUGGUUUUUGCUUUGUCUUAAGCUUGCGGGGAGGGAAAUGAACGUCAAAAUCCCUGUUUGGCAUAGGUUUGCUGUUUGUAACUCUGAAUGGGUCUUGUCUGUUAGUGCUGGGAAGUACGGCAGCCAGGAGGAUUUCCUCCACAUGGAUCCCAGGGAGAGCACACCAACACUCGGCCCUCUCUUGCCUCUGAUAAAUUAAAAAUAAAAGGCUCUUGCAUUAUCUCCUCACAGCACAUUGCUACGUGGGCAAGAGCAAACCUCCCGCUUGCUUGGUGUGACGAUGAAAUCUUUUACUGAUGAAAUUACCUCCCAGCCUCCGUGCCCCCAGCAUUGGAGGGAGCCAGAGUCCCAAAAUGUGAUGCACGUUGUACCUGCUCCUUAAAUGCACAGAGAAAACCUGACUCGAGGCUGUGUAGAUUAUUUUGUGUAUCUGUUGUCUCUGUGGCUAAGUAUUCAACUUAGCCCAUGCUUAAUUUUUGGGCAACUAGAAGUGAAGAUAAUCAGGGUUUCUAUUUGGGGAGACAGCUUUAUCUUCUUGCCAGGUAAACAACAAAACGUUACCUGUGUUUGCUGUAUGCUAAACACCAAGAGCUCCAUCCGGGGGGGCUCACAGCUGCUGUUCUUUGCUAACAGUGGGAGCUUCUAGUAGAAGCACUGUUAUUUUACAGAAAAGCUGUUGAGUGCAGGAGACUUAAUUUUUUUGUUUGAGAAUGGUUGUGCAAUUUUCUUGUUUCCCUGCUUUUCAUUCAGAAGGGUUAAUAUAUUAAGGAAGGUUCUUCCGGAGGCUCAAAAGCUGCAACAGCGUUUUCCAGGUAAGAUUGAAGUGAGGAGGGCUUUUCUAGGGUUUGAUUUUUGGGGUUGGGUUGUGGGGGUUUUUUUUGGCUAGGUCAUUGAUAGUUUAUUUGUUCUGGACAGCCUUUGAAAUUAAAAAAGUGGAACUAUGUGUUCUUGUUAAAUACUUUGCUUUUAUUUUUUCCUCUUCAUAGUAGCAGACUAUGGAUUGCACAGCACCGGCAUUUUUUUUGCCUUUUUCCAGCAUGGCUCUUGUCUCUGUCCACUUCCAGGAACGUCAAAUGUAUUUGCAUAGCCAUCAUUUUUUCAGUAUAACUGUAUUAAAUGCAAUCAGCAUGUCCAUGCAAGCCUGGGCUGUAGCAGAACUUGUAGGAGGGCGCUUUAGGUCAGUCUUUGCAUCUGAAUGGAGCGGAGGAGAGUCUGUAUCCCUUAGGCCGGAGUGAUCUGUUUCAGUAACGUUGUCGUAUUACUGUCAGGGAUAUUCUCCUGUUGGAAAAUGCCAUCGUGAAUGCUCUGUAAGGAUAAAAACUGACAGCUGUUGUAACUUGUACUGACUUAGCACACAAUGCUGUCUGUCAAUGUAUAUUUAACUUCUGAUUUCCCUCUGAGCAAAGUCUUCUGUGUUGUACCUGAGGAGAAAUAGAGUCAAUGCUAGAUUUUCCUGCAGUUUAUCCCAUCCUGAUCUUCUGUUGAGUCUCAGCGUUAUCUUGGUGCGGGAUCUCCUUCAGACUGGAAAUAUUUCUAUCCAGACUUUUUUUAUUAUUAUUAUUGAUAAAUUGUGGCGUGGGACUUGGGAGUUCUGGUUUAGUCUUCCUUCAGAAAAAAUAAAUAAAUAAAUUCUCCUUUCAUCCGUUUAAAAGGUCUGAGGCUGUUAGCGGGGUUAUUUUGCAACCUUUGAUCGUAGCCUUCUGGCACACUACCCCUAGGACCACCAAAGGCUACGCAUCCUGCCAGCUGGAGAGCUAAUCCUUUGCUUACGCUGGGUCCUACUUUCCUGACACCGGGCCAAGCUGUGGGGAUUCUGGAGUUGGAAACAAAACAAAACUAAAUACACACAAGCUGUCACCAGCAUCGGUCCUGCUGCUGUAUUUCACUUCUCCCUUCCAAAAGCAUUUGCAGGGAGGUGAGGCUGAUUGGACUGGCAUUGCCUUAUGGCCAUUUAAAAAUCACAGAACUGUGCUAACAGACCUUGUCCAAGGGUAAGUUAUGCUUGGAUUUAACGGGAGUGUUACAGGCCUAAACUACCUCUUUUUUUUAAAAAAAAAACAAAACAAAACAAAAAAACACCUACUUUGAAUAAAUAACUGCUGUAAACAAGUAUGAAAAGGAGGUUUCUUGCUUACAAUUCAUCUGGGCCUAAAAGCUGAACUCUAAUUAUUAACUCCUCCUUCCUGCUGCUCCUGUUCUUUCUCACCAGGUAAUAUUUCUUCUUUGGCCUGUUGUCACUGCGCUGCGAAUGCCUGGCGCUGCGAGUCGCUUCUCAAAUGACAGCAACUCGUGAUGGCGAGACUGCUGCUCUGUCUGUAUAUCUGCUUUAAGCAGGCAUAUAGAGCUCGCCUGGUCACCAAAUUCACUUACCAAGGAUAAUUCUUAACAAGUGUGACCUGCUAAUCAGGCGUGCCGUUGGUAUCCCUGAUUAAGUUUUGAAACCAUCUAUAUGAUAAUAAAACCCAACCGAAUGGCAGGACCCAGCAGCCUGCCUUCGCUUCAUGUUUCACAUGCUGUGAACAUGAUGCGCUUAACUUCCCUCUGCCUCCCAAACUUAAUUACAGUGAGGGCUGCAGAGUCUCUUGAAAUCCUUUUCCUGCACGUGUGGGCUGUCUCACACCUCUGCACAGCGGCAACAAAGCAAGGCGGCUUUGUCUGUAACAGACCUUGCUGAACAACAGAAAUGGAAAUCGCUAGUGGGGGGCUUUUGGUCUCUGUAGGGGAAAAGACACUAGUGAAAUGUGUAGUGAUUGUGUGCUUUGUUGUUUGGUUGGGUUGGGUUUUUUGUAAAAUAGAAAAGUCCUUGUCAGGUUUAAACAAAUUUAUCUAAUGGAUUCUAAAAAUCCAGAUCUCUUUUCACCAUGAAGAAACAAAAAAGUUGCAGAAGUACCAAAGCUUCGAACCCAAGUUUGAAAUAAUCCCUGUUUUCCCCUGAUCCUCUCUGUCUCUACGAAUUCUGUUUGUUCUCGUGUGUUACUCAUACCUCGAAAUCCAGAGCGAUGGAUGACUCAGACCUCAGCUAGCCUCAUGCUCCCCAACAGAAGGGUUUCCACUGGAAAUGUUUAUUCACACAUAGUUUGCUGGAGAUGCAACAGAUGAUGAGCUCAUCGUUGUGACAGUAAGCUAGCAGCUCUCUAGCAGAUAAAACCCGUGCACACUGACGUUUUCACUUCUGUGCACCAGUGCAGCCACCUUGGUUUGGGUGGUUUUUUUUUUUCCUUACCCUUAAUCAAAAAUGAGCAAUGCUUUAUUCCUUUCCUCUGCGUGUGUCGCUUGCUUAAGGCCAAGCGGUGGGUUAUGAAGAUGGGUGACUCCCGGGAGGCUGGCACUUGGAAAGGACCCGUUCCUGCUCUGCUGUGCCCGUGGUGAUGUGUGAGAGCUGCCUGGCCAUGGCAGAGGCUAUCCCAAAUUCAACUCUUUCCAGUUUAAAGGCUCUUUAUUAUUUUUUCUCUCCAGGGGUGUUUCGCAGCAUUGCUAAGGAAUUACUUGAUUUUCUUUACUUCUGUGUUUCUUGGUUAUCUCCUGUUGUGGUACGUGAGAUCUGCUUAAGUUUGCUCUUUUCUCAUGAGUUCCUUUUUACAGAAAUGGUGCUGAAAUUUUCCUUCUUAGCCUUUACGCAUUGCCUCUAGCAAAGACCUCAGCGGCUGCUUUGACCCUUGGUAGCUGUUGCUUUAGAGCCCGAAUCCACAUUUCGGCUACCAGCGCUUGGAUGGCAGCAGAGCGCUAGAUCCAUUUCCAAAACCUAACAGAAAACGGCCAGCGCUGUGUAUUUAUUUAUUUGCCAUCAGUUAUUUUCUGCCUAUUUUAAGACGAGUUAGCCUAAGGUAGGGCUUGCUUUUUGUAGCCACCUCUGUAGUACGCCUCCCAGCGGCGAUAACAGAAACAAAAAGUAGAUUUUUAAACGGUGAAAUGCUACUUGUAGUUGGCUUUUUGUCUUAUUCUGUAAUCACAUACUGAAUUAUCAGGAAUUCCGUGCCACAGGGCGACCCUUCCCAGUCAUGUCCUGAGAAAAAAGCUAACCUGAAUACUGGGUCAGUUUUUGUGAGAAUGGUACAAGGUAACUUAACUCCUUCCAGUUACCCAAAAAGUUGUUUACGCCUGUGUGCCGGGGGGCUCUCUGUUGGAGCCCGCAGCUCGGGGGGAAGCUGAUGCCGUUGUCAGCCAGCGAGCAGCCAAAGGGGCUCCGCGUCGAUGUUUGGCACAGGCUGAUGAUGCACGUGCUUGGAGCGAUCUGUUGUGGAGCAGCGCUGUCAAGCACUUCUGUCACACGGGGUGCGGCACUGCUAUUUCUGGGGUAAGGAAACUCGGCAAGUUUUUGAGUACCUCUGGAAGAAUGGUAUAAAAAUGGAGGAAAAUACUGAAUUUAUAUUUUUAUAGCUUUAGUUGGAUUGUUCUUAUGUACUGCAUUAAAUCAGUAUUUGAACGUGAAUGUUUGUUUCAAGACGUAUUAACUGUCCUCUGCUCUAGUGCAUUUAAUGUUUUGGUAAAAGCACACAGUUAAGUUUUGAACCUGUGAUCACACCAAAGUGGUAAUUUAAUGUUUAAAAAGAAUUACAUCUAUAGACUCAUUGGUUAAAACCAGCUAGAACAGACACCGCAACAAAGUGUCACUGAUAGGGGCAGAGGAAACCUAUUUGCAACAAACUGUUCUGCGUAGUGUAUCCCUUGGCCAGCUCUCGGCCCUCACUCCUGCCUGCUUUCUGCUCCACCAAUACCGAACCUGAUUAAACUCUUCAGUAAAACUUUAUCUUGGAGCCAGAACAAUUGUUCCGUCUGUUCAGAGCUGUCAGAUGAAGUUCUCUUCCGUAACAGAUGGAGCGGUUUCAUGUGUAAUAUCUCAGGUGGAUCCUAAGCACCGACCAGGCAGAGUUCUCAGGGAGUUAUCGAUCCACACGGUAGUGGGAGGAUGUUCUCUCAGCGAAGGAGACAGACGCAGGUUGGAAAUAGCACGUGCAGCCGUUGCGCCUUCUGUGCCAGAGGCUCAAAAAGGCGCUGUUCCCAACAGCUCGCUGGCGCUUUGCAAACUGAGCCCGGUGUGGGCCUUUGCUGAAGAGCCCGUAGCAGCUGAAGAACACAAAUGCCGGCAGCUGAGGGGGAGCGAUCUCAUCAAAAUGCACAUGGGGAAACAAAACAAUACCCUGAUGCCCUCCCCUGCGAACUUCUCAGGAAAGCUGCUCCUCAGUGCAGCCGGGGUAAAACGGGCUUCAAAUCUCACCUGCGGCUUUCAUUAAAAACCACUGAUUUUAGUGCAGUUUGGUUUGAGAGGGUGGUGAAGCUUUCCUUCUAGCAGAACUGUGUUUUCUAUUACACAGAAGAGUCUUGGCAGAUGAACGACUUGUUAAUACGUGCUUUUUUGUAGUGUGCUUAUGUGUGGCGCUGACUAUUUUAGUAAAAUUCGGUUUUCUUCAUUCAGCGCUGAGGCUCCUCUGUCCCUGGAGAAGAGGCUUUGCCAACUGAAACCCGCUUCCCACGGGGAAGUCUAAAUUUUUAACACCUUGGGCAAGAACAGGAUGUUAAGUAGGACCCAAGGUCCCCUCAGUAGUGUUUGGGCAAGACGGCAUUUAGGAGCAAGGCCAGGACACGCUGAUACUGCCCCAUCACAAAUCAGCAUCCAGUUGUCUCAGGGACCUCAAAACCAGCGUCGUCUGGGCUGAAUACACAGUGCGGGAUGGACAGAUCAUCACUCUUGGCUGAAACAAGGUCUCGCUGCUCAGGUAUUGCCAUUUUCUAGUUUCUUUCCUGUGAGGAAGUCAAGCUGCGUCAUUUAACCUGGUUAAUGAUAUAAAUUUUUCUAAAAAGGGGAAAAAA